AUGGCUAUUGAUCUAACAAAAUCACGACGUAAACUACCAUCUCCUAUGCUUGAUCGAUCAUCUUAUAGUAUAUUUUCUGUACUGAAACAAGCAAUAGGAAAAGAUCUUACAAGAUUUUCUAUACCUAUUGUUUGGAAUGAACCUCUUAGUUUUCUUCAACGUUUAUCAGAAUGUUUGGAACAUUCAUCAUUACUUGAUCAAGCUGCAUUAGCUGAUGCACCAAUCGAACGAUUUCAUUUAAUAACAGCUUUUAUUGUAUCACAUCUAUCAAGUCAUCUCGAGCGAACGUCAAAACCAUUUAAUCCAUUAUUAGGCGAAACAUUUGAAUUGAAAAAUGAAAAAGAUGCACCAUUUCAUUUUAUUGCUGAACAAGUUAGUCAUCAUCCACCUAUAUCUGCUAUGCAUAUUCGUGGAUUAAAUUGGAUUUUAACUGGAAAUAUUCAACCUGUAAUAAAAUUUCUUGGAACAAAUAUAGCCGCUUUAGAUGAAGGUUAG